UUUAUUAAUUGUAUAGGCUAAUGCAAAUUUAGGACGGACUGCCAUCUAGAGUAUACUCUAUGAAUUACAUAAAGGGACUUCUGUUGUUUAUGUUUGUGUGACUGUUUAUUUAACACAGAGUAUUGCCAAAUCAACAAUACACAUGCCAAUCAUCUAAAUAGUCAUCAUCAUCAUCAUCAUCAUCAUCAUCAUCAUCAUCAUCAUCAUCAUCGCCAAUACAGCCCCAAUCCUCAAAUUGUCCAAAAUUCAUCGAUAGCACAUUCAAUUCAAAUACCGUUGUUUUUAUACCUGUAUUUAUAUCACAGCAUUCGCCAUAUAAUGUUUGACCAAAAUAACACAAACCAAUUUACAGAUCUAAAUACGUACUGCCAUUUAAAAGAGUGAUAAUGCGCCACGCGCUCUGCGCUCCGCACUUUGCCAACUCAUGAAAUUACAGAACCUACUAUGGCGAUUGUUAAGGUCAUGAAUAUUAAUUAAACAAUGCCGACGUUCCCUAGUGAUCUUCCAGCGGCGAGCGUUUCAUAUCCGUGGCGGCGAAGGCUCGGCUCAUGAUUAUUAACUGGCUACCUUCACGCGGCGGAGAGACGACACGCUUUAGCCUUCACCGUAAUAGAUUUCGUAAUUUCGCUGUCAAGCCCCGUGGACCGCGACGAGGGCAGCGAGAGUGGAUCCAGCAUGUUUCUAUUUUUUGCCUUCCCUUUGACUCGGGAAGUAGUCGCGCAAAGUAAGGGCGCAAGCCUAAAUAAAGGGAUCAUUCACACCGCAAUAAAGUGCUGAUGAUGGCAUCGAGGCCCCCUCCGUGCGUCAUAGACUGCGGGACAGGGUAUACCAAGAUUGGUUAUGCAGGAAACACGGAGCCCCAGUUCAUCAUGCCAUCCUGUAUUGCGAUCAGAGAGACAGCCAGCGUUGGAGAUCAGGCACAGAGACGUCUCAUGAAAGGGGUGGAUGACCUCGAUUUCUUCAUUGGAGAUGAAGCCAUCGAUAAGCCCAACUAUGCAACCAAGUGGCCCAUCAGGCAUGGAAUUGUUGAGGAUUGGGACCUGAUGGAGAAGUUCAUGGAGCAGGUCAUAUUUAAAUAUCUCAGAGCUGAACCAGAGGACCACAACUUCUUGAUGACAGAACCUCCUCUAAAUACCCCAGAGAACCGGGAAUACUUAGCCGAGAUCAUGUUUGAAACGUUCAACGUCCCAGGACUAUAUAUUGCUGUGCAGGCUGUUUUGGCACUGGCUGCAUCGUGGACUUCGAGACAGGUUGGAGAACGAACGCUAACAGGAAUCGUGAUUGAUAGUGGUGAUGGGGUUACUCAUGCUAUACCAGUGGCAGAAGGUUAUGUGAUUGGCAGCUGUAUAAAGCACAUCCCUAUAGCAGGCAGAGACAUCACCUACUUCAUUCAACAGCUGCUAAGAGAGAGAGAGAUCGGCAUUCCUCCAGAACAGUCACUGGAGACUGCAAAAGCUGUUAAAGAAAGGUAUUGCUACAUCUGUCCCGACAUAGUGAAAGAAUUCACCAAAUAUGACAUGGACCCAGGCAAAUGGAUAAAAAAAUACAAGGGAAUCAAUGCUAUCAGCAAAAAUGAAUUUCAAAUAGAUGUUGGAUAUGAGCGUUUUCUGGGACCGGAGAUAUUUUUUCACCCUGAGUUUGCCAACCCAGACUUCAUGCAGCCAAUCUCGGAUGUAGUGGAUGAAGUCAUUCAGAACUGCCCUAUCGAUGUCAGAAGACCACUUUACAAGGUUGUUCCAGCUAAUGCGCAUUUUUUAAUGAAUCUAGAGUGACUGAAAAGUUAUUAGUUAAAAUUAAAAGGCAAUAUGUCUUUUCCUUGACAUUUUUCCUCCCCUACUGUCUAUCGUUUUAACCUGGGAGCCCAGCGCUCGUCCAUAUUUGGCAAAAAGGCAAAAAAUAAGAGUGGAUGUCUCGCUGACUGCCUUUGCUUGGGAUCAGUAAUUUAUUUGUCCAGCAGGGGUCAGUGCUCAUCCAUUAAGUUCCCAAUUACUCUACACUCUCUAGAAUAGAGAGAGCUUUAACUGAUCCCUGCAAAUAGGACGAACAACUCUGAAAUAACCUCAGUAUCCAUUUCUAUAUCUCGCAACCCGCAGGCUGACCGAAUAAAUAGCGUUUUGACAAAUUCAAUUAUGCACACCGGCAAUUAGUGCGCAUCUACAUCACACGAUUCCUAUUCAUUUGCUUUCAAAACAAACUUCACUUUGGACCAUACUGAAGGAACGGGAUGUUGAAUGGAAAGUGCUUUGAUGCUCUUUAGCCUUAUUUUCUUUUUCCGCCAAGAUUUUGAAGGUGUUAAACGCUUUGGCAGCACAUGAGAACAAAUCAACAAAGGCCUCUGGGUUGUAUCUAUAACUGACAUAAGGUAUCUAAAGAAAAUGCAUUAAAAUAUUAAAUUACUUAAUUUAACUUCUUUAUGGUUCUGUAUUGUUACCUUUAAUUAUAAAGUUACUUUUGCAUUAUUGCCAGCUCACUAAAAUGAAAGUGUUGAGCUUGUUGUCUGGUUUUAGGUUACAUUUAUUGACAUUUAGGCUACAAAAACUUUUUCACCAAUUGUCUCGACGACUAAAAAAAUGCACGGCCGUUCAACCUGUGAGCCAGUUCUGUUCUUUUUUCUGCUUCAGAAAAACAAGAUUUACAGGAUCGUUGGGUUUAUUUUCAUUUGUCGGCAAACAUUUAGAGCAUGUUUGUUUGUUUUUUUGUUUUGUUUUUUCUUUAACAAAAGUUUUCAGAGUGGGCCGAAGGACAACUUCUACAAUAGAGAACUGCAAUAUUCAUUAUGUGUACACACGCAGUAUCAAUUGCUUUCAUACCUUAAUAUAACUGUGAUUCUCCCAGCGUGGACAAGGGGGAGGUUUUGUAUGGCUAGAGAAUAAAAAAAUAACACUUAGUUCUCAACCCAUUUAUUCAUCAACAAUUGAAUGGAUGGUGAAAAGCGAAAGGGUCCUUGCAGGAGAAUGUUUUGGGGCAGUGGCACGUACUUUAAUGGACUAGGUUGUCUUUCAUAAGCAUAGGAAAUAGAUUUGUAUCUGACGUAAAACUGAGUACAUGGAUUGAUUGUGCUGAUAUAUACAGUUGAAACCUUUGAUCUGUAAAAGCUGCAUAAUGUCAGAAAGCUUUCAUUAUGUUUGAGGUAAAAAUAUAUUCACAUCUUGCGAUGGGCCUAUUGGGCCUUGUUUUACACAGCUCAGAGCAGAGGUUGUAACGCAAAUGACCUUACAAAAUUUAAACAAAAUUUAUUAAGGCACAGCCGAGUAAAGGUUGCUUUGUGCCUGCUCAAAAUUCAGUGUAAAGACGUAACGCUGCAUAAAAGCCACACUAAAUUAUGCCUUCUUUGACCCACCUCGGUUGCUGGUGUAAAAUUAUGCAAUUGUAAUUGCAGUGUCAGUAUAUUUAUUUCACCUUUGAGCAACAUUAAAUAGUAAAGAAACCUAAAUGCCACUUCAGAAGCGCUUCUGUGCCACCCUUGCGGUGUAAACUUGAAUAUCCUCAGCUGGAGGGUUAAGUCUUCAGGUAGAAAAAAUGAAUUAUAGAAUAAAUUAAUUAUGUACAUCUCGAUAUCACCGAAGAACAGAGGGCAGAGGAAAAAGGUGCAUGUUAGUAUGCACAUCUUUUAUCGGCUUCUGGCAUGCAGUGUAGCCGUUCACCUCAGAGAAAGAGUACACUGCCGUGGUCCAUCCACCCUUUAAACUCAUCAUCAGAAAAGAUGGAAAAAGCCAGCCUUUUAUUUCCUAGAUGAAACCAGCAUUUCCUAAUCCAAGUAGUGGGAUAUCUCCUCAAGUUCGUUAAAUAAGUAUUGAACCCUGAAACCUGUAAUGGAACACACAUCUCCUGCAGAUACCCUGUUAUAAGCUGACCUCAGUCAGCCCUUGGUCGUUUAUUCCCAGCAUGCAACUCUACUGGCCUUGUCAGAGUCUGCUGGAAAAAAAAGAAAAGAAAAAAGUAACAGUAGCUCAUUGCAGAAAUACGAAGGGGAAAAUGCAAUAUUUUGCUUUUAUUUUCCAUUAAAACGAUUUAUUUAAUACGUGGACAAAAUCUAAAUGCAUUACUUGUGUCCUCGUUAUUGCAUUUCACCCAGAGAUGUUUCUUUUAAUUUCAAGUGAUUUAAUAUCUGCAAUUUUGAUUUAUUUCAUUUGUUUAAAUUAAGUUUUGCUCCUUAUAUGUAACACAUGGACAGUGAAGCGGUAAUGCUUUUUGUCCUUAUCAUGAAAAUUAGUACAUUUGAACAGAAGCAAAUUUGUGUAUGUUUGAAUGGCUUCACGUUAGUUUUUCCAUGAGUUAUAUACGUAUGUUCUUUUGGGUGAAUAUAUCAAAACAGCACAUAUUUCACAGUUGUGUGUGUUUGUGUGCG